GACAGCCACUUGACCCCUCCAUGCCCAUCGCUUAUUCAGUCUCCAACGUGAUAUGUCCUGUGGCUUUUGGGCACUGGUUUGCUCUUGAAGAUGAACGGUUCCAGAAGCUGAUGGAAGCCAUGGAUUUUGUCAUAAAAAAAUUAAGUAGCUUUUGGCAUAUC